GGCAAACGACAGCGAACUUCCUGAAUGCCCAUUGGUCGGCGACGUGGGGCAUGCUGGCUCGCGGGCGUCGGCGCGGCGUUCGAACUGGCGCUUGGCGGCGUUGCCAUGGGGACGUGGCCUGGCCGCUCUGAAGCGGGUUGACAGGACUCUGGUCGCCCGGCCUUUGGGGCUUACUUCAAAGGGUCGGCGUCAUUUUCUCCUGUCCGGCGAGCCACUAGACUGAGGAAGAGUCCGGAAACCCCCAGGGGUUUAUAUAAAGCUAUUCACAAAAAUGGCAUCCUGGUUAUAUGAAUGUCUUUUCGAAGCUGAACUUGCACAAUAUUAUCCUCAUUUUACUGCACUUGGCUUUCAGAAAAUAGAUGAAUUAGCCAAGGUUACAAUGAAGGACUAUUCCAGAUUGGGAGUCCAUGACAUGAACGACCGAAAACGUCUCUUCCAACUCAUCAAAAUCAUUAAGAUUAUGCAGGAGGAAGACAAAGCAAUCAGUGCAGAGCCUCCUGCUCAGACAAGCAGCCUAUACACCAAGCCACAGGAACUUAGAUCUGGCCCCCGCAGACAACUGCAUUUUGAUUCUCCUGCUGACAGCAAAGACAGAACUUCCAGAAAUGAAAUGUGCAGUUCAUCAGAUUUCUCUGUACAUGAAGAGAAGCCCACUUACCUGAAAGUUCUCAAAAAUAUGCUUCCAGAUGAUUCCCAGUACCAUACAAAAAUAGGAAUCCUAAAUGCCUCUGCUGCUGAUGCUUGUAUCCAAACAGAAACUAACACUCUACUAUUUUCAUCAAAUUACUUUUCUCCAAAACUAGGAAAUUAUGAUAUUCCCAUUAUUCAGAGAGUCUCUCAUAUUUCAGGGUAUAACUAUGGAAUCCCUCAUUCUUGUGUCAGACAGAACAACUCAGAGAAUCCUUGGACUGACAUGGAGAAAAUCAGAGUUUGUGUUCGCAAACGGCCUUUAGGUGUAAGGGAAGUACGUCGUGGAGAAAUUAAUAUUAUUACUGUAGAAGAUAAAGAAACUCUACUUGUACAUGAAAAAAAAGAAGCAGUUGACCUCACACAAUAUAUUCUUCAGCAUGUUUUUUAUUUUGAUGAAGUCUUUGGUGAGGCAUGCACCAAUCAAGAUGUAUACCUGAAGACUACUCACCCACUCAUUCAGCACAUUUUCAGUGGAGGCAAUGCCACUUGCUUUGCCUAUGGACAAACAGGUGCUGGAAAGACCUAUACUAUGAUAGGAACUCACCAGAACCCAGGAUUGUAUGCUCUGGCUGCCAAAGAUAUCUUCAGGCAAUUGGAAGUGUCCCAGCCAAGAAGGAACCUCUUUGUGUGGAUCAGCUUCUAUGAAAUAUACUGUGGACAGCUUUAUGAUCUUCUAAACAGAAGAAAAAGGCUCUUCGCAAGAGAAGAUAGCAAACACAUGGUACAGAUUGUGGGACUUCAAGAGCUCCAUGUGGAUGGUGUGGAACUCCUCCUAGAGGUGAUCUUAAAGGGCAGCAAGGAACGUAGCACUGGGGCAACUGGAGUCAAUACGGAUUCUUCCCGCUCCCAUGCUAUCAUACAAAUUCAGAUCAAAGAUGCAGCCAAGAGGACAUUUGGCAGGAUCUCUUUCAUUGAUUUGGCUGGCAGUGAAAGAGCAGCAGAUGCUAAGGACUCAGACAGACAGACAAAGAUGGAGGGUGCAGAAAUAAACCAGAGUCUUCUGGCUCUGAAGGAAUGUAUCCGCGCACUGGACCAGGAACAUACUCAUACUCCUUUCAGGCAGAGCAAGUUAACCCAGGUCCUGAAGGACUCUUUCAUUGGCAAUGCCAAAACUUGCAUGAUUGCCAACAUCUCACCAAGCCAUGUGGCUACUGAACACACACUGAAUACUUUGCGCUAUGCUGACCGGGUCAAAGAACUGAAGAAAGGCAUUAAGUAUUGUGCUUCAGCUACCAGUCGGAAUCAGAUACCUGGAAACUCAUCUCCAAAAGGAAUUCAGAACUCCCCCGUCACCCUGCCAGGGGACAAGAGUUCUCCAAAAAAAGUUAAGCUGGGACUUCAGCAGUCAGUUACUGUGGACCCUGGCUCCACAAGAGGGAGAGCCCACCCUCUGGCCAGCCAUGCACCCAACAUCCCCUUUUCCUCUGUCCCUAAAGUCCCUGGUAAAAGGGGUGUCUCCAGAGGGAGUCCUUUACAAGAGCUGGACACAAAGGCUAGCCAUUUCAAAGGAACCAUGCGGUCUGGGCAUUUGGCCAAAAAGGGUGCAGAAGAAUCAGUAUCAUUGUGCUCUGAGAAAAAUCAAAUUGGCAACAAGACUGUCACUGGCUGGGUUAGCAGAGCCUCGGGCCCAGAAGGCCUGCGGCAGGGGAAGCUACCUGCCAGAUGUAAAAAGGUGCAGACUGUGCAGCCAGUACAGAAGCAGCUCGUGUCACAAGUUGAGCUCUAUAGCAGCAGCCACCACUUAGCAGAGGACAGUCAGGAGAGCAAGGGGGGCAUGCCGUCCAGACUUAACUCUGAAGCUUGGACCGACACCCUUCCACAUCAGAAGGAAAGGGAGGAACAUCUGCGCUCUUAUCACCAGCAGUUCCAACAGCCACCGCUUCUCAAGCAGAAGUUAAAGUAUCAACCACCAGAAAGGUUUUUAUGUCAACACAGGCCCUCAGAGGGUCAGCUCCAGGAUGAAACUGUUGCCCCCCUCCACUCUAACCCUGAGAGCCAUGAUGGAGCCCAAGCCGAGGACCUCGAUGACAGUGAUUUCAGUGAAGAUUCUUUCUCACAUGUCUCCAGUCAGAAGACCACAAAGCAGAGGAAUACCCUAGAGAAGAGUGAAAGCUCGUUCUUCCUUCAUCAGAACAGGGAGCAGUGUCCAGAAGAACAGACAGCAGAAAGGCGACAGUGCUUGUUUUUCAGCUCUGGGACAGAUAGUGAUGAAAAGGGUCCAACUGAAAGCUGGGUAUAUUCCAGGGACCCCAUAAUAAGCCAUAAAAGAGCAGCACUCAGUCAGAGCCACAGCCUAAGUAAGGACUCUGCUUCCUCAGGGCCUUCUCCCAGAGAUAACCUGGCAGAGAAGCCUUCCUGCUCACAAGUAGAUCAUAUGUACCACCAAGAAAGAGCUCAAGCCUUUGACAUUAGACAGGCGGCCUUCAGAAGUGAGGUUUCUGGGCAGGCUGAGGGCAGCUUGGCAUCCCCAGAAAAUGAUUUAUCCUUCUCACUAUCCCACAUUGCAAUUCCUGGCUCUCCAGACCAAAGAGACGCCACACCACUGAGAGAAGUCAGUGAACACAGUAUGACUCAGGCAUCUGAAAUGGUACAAAGUAGUACUCCUUUCCAAGAAGACUCUAGAGAGCACCUAGAUAUUGCUUCUGGACUAAUGGCACCUCUCACUGUGUCCCUCCUGAAGACCCCUGAGGAGGACCCUUCUCUCUUGGAACAGCUGGCCCAGGAUGGAAUUGUGCAUGGUCUCAUGGCUGAGAUCACAGGCGGCCCAGCCGUUGGGCACAUGGUAUCAUCUUCUAAUCAAGAGACAACCUUGCCAAUGUCUCUGGAAACUGGGCACCUAUGGCUAUCCUCAUCUCCCCCUGACAAUCAGCCAGGUGGUGAUCUUCCAGCUCUGUCCCCAUCACCCAUCCAUCAGUAUCCACCUGACAAACUGCCCAAUAGGAGGGCCUGCCUCAGCAGAAGACCUGCACUCUUCCCCCAGAAAUAUGUGGGUGGUGAGCCAUAUGAUGCUGAUGCCGAAGAGACUGAGCUGAGUGGCUCCUGGGGGUUCCCAGAAAAGCCCCUUUCAACCAUACAUACUGGAGUGCCCAAUUCUGGACCUUCACUCACCUCGUGUACAGGAAGUAGUGAUGUAGCUGGUUACCCCUGGGCCCAGGAGAGAAAAUAUCCUACACAGUUUGGUUGGCAGGAGUGUGGUUCAUCCACAGACCCCACAAAGCCCUGCUAUAAUGAGGACAUCUUGUGGCUCAAGCGCAGGCCAAUCUCAAGAUGCUUAGCAUUGCUAGACUCUCCCCUGGUCCCUAGCUGUUCUCUCAAGGCCUUGGGGACACUCUGUCAACCCACCCUGGAGCAGGCACAGCAGAUGGUCAUCUGUGCACACCAGGAACAGCUAGAUGAAAUGGCCAAGCUAGGCUUCAAGGAGGAGACCCUGAUGACCCAGUUGGCUUCUAAUGAUUUUGAAGAUUUUGUUACCCAGCUGGAUGAAAUUAUGGUUUUGAAGUCUAAGUGUAUCCAGGGUCUGAGGAGCCAGCUGCAGCAAUACCUCACCUGCCACAGGCCAGCUGCAGCCCCUGAGAGAACAGUGGCAUCUUAGAGGAAGAUCUCACACUGGAUGGACAGUGCACUCUGGGACUGGAAGAGACGCCUACCAGGGCCUCCUGCACAUACCCACUCCCUGUUCUGUCUAUGCUAGCCUCACCCCAGCC